AUGAUGAAAAUGUUACCUUUUUUCCAAAGUGGUCCUAUUGGAAUACGCAAUGGAUCAGAGGGUUGCAUUGGUGCAAACACUUCAUCAUCAGUAGCUGCUCAAGUCUCUGCCUGUCCUGAACCUUCUGGAGACGAGGUCUGGUCCAGGAACCAGGAUAAGAUGAGUGAAAGACCAGAGCAAGCCUACAGACCCUCCCGUGCAUCUUCCAUCACGAGCAAUGGGAGCUGCACCUCUGCUGGGGACAGCCCUGAAAAGGGGAAGAAAGGAAUAAAGGAAAUCCUUACCAAUGCAUUUAAGAAGAUAAAAAAGACCAAACCACCCAGCGUCAAACAAAUCAUGGAUCUCCUCGAAGAGCAAAAGCUUUGCGACGCUGCUCAGUAUCUGAUUAUCCUGGAGAAAAGCCUGUCUAGCAAAGGUGAGGAGGGACUAAACACCAGCCAGCAAGAUGUGGAGUCUGUCUAUGCAGUUCUAAAGCACAAAGUGUUCAGCAUCUUAAAAGACUCCGUGCUGCUGGCAAAAACAAACCCCGAACUGCUGCAGCAGGCAGUAGAGGCACUGAAAGAGCAGGAGAAAGAAGAUCAGAGCUACAUGUCAGAGAAUCCACCUGACCAAAACAUGCAAUUUAGACCUAGAAAUUGGAAAGAGCUUUGGAUGGCUACAGUAAAGGAGUCGGUAGAGACUCGAAUGAAAGACACCAGCCGUACUCCUAGAACUGAGAACCUCUCUACAGCUGGCCAGAACCUCCUGCACAUGGGGAAGACAAUGAAAGAAGAUUUGACAGUAGUUGUAAAGUACAUUAAACAGCUUUAUCCUCCGGAGUUUAAUGUGUUCAGCACAUAUGCAGAACUCUACCACAAUUAUUUUGCCUCCCAGGCGAAGAAAAAUGCUGAAUCGCAUCUGGAAGACAAGGAUAUUUACCUCCUCCUCUCCUGGGUGCACAACAUAUAUCCAAAAGACAUGAGAAAAGAUCAUGUUUUAGCCGCGGAGUUGGACAAAGUUAAGCUUGGAAGCCUUUUGCCAUCAAGUCUGAGCAAAGAACUCGAAGAGAAAUACCUUGACAGUGAAGAGGCUACUGUCAAGAAUUCACUGAGCAAAUGUUUAGAUAAAGAAAUCCAGAGAUGGAAAGAAGACAAAGAACCAGAGAAACUAAAUGGACAUUUUCAGAGUGAGCUACUAGCAAUAUUUGUUAUCCAGAGUAUCUACAGCGGCCAGGAGCGAGCCCAGGACAUCAGCGCAGCAGUGGGCGAGGAGCUGUCGCAUCGCCUGUCGAAGGAGCUGCUUGCCUUCCUGAAAAGCUACAAGGAUGCUUUUGAAGACUUUAAGGAGAAGAGCAAGAAGCACAGAUACUACAAGCCUAUCCUGAUUGCAAAUAUUAACAACUGCUGGAAUUUUAGAGACUACGCGCAGAAAAACAUGGCAGAGAACGACGACAAUAAAGCCCACAUCCUCGGCACUCUUGGCGACAUCGAAAACAGCGGCUUCGACGUGCUGCUUCAGCAGCUGUUUGCGCAGCUGAAGCCAAGUUAUAAGAAGUUUACAGAAAAUAAGUGGGACUCCAGCAAUGAAAUUAUGAACGAGAUCAUUAAAACCACCAGCAAACAUAUUUCAGACUUCCGGACCCUAAAGGAGCCUUUCUACCACGCUAUCGUUGAGAAGAUCCAUGCCCGUUUGGUUAAAGAGUACAUCGUGAGGCUGCUGAAGAAGAAAGUCAGCCUGAAAAGUCCAGCGCAGCAGCAAAACCUGGCCCAACACAUCUCUGAGAACGCUGCCGACCUGGAGGCCUUCUGCACCAGCAAUGGGUCUCAAGCCACGUGGCUGAAUUCCGCCCUCCCCAAGCUGGCUGAAAUCAUCCGACUUCAGGAUUUAGGUGCCAUUAAAAUUGAAGUUGCAACACUCGCCACAACAUACCCAGAUAUCCGCAAAAAGCACCUGGAAGCGUUCCUGUGCAUCAAAGCCAAUCUGUCACACAGCGAACGCAAAAGCAUCCUGGGCUACUUGGCAGACAGCACGGCAUCUACGCUGCCCGCGGCCACGCUCUUCUCCAACAUAAAUGUGUCCUAG